UGUCGACUACUCGACUGUCGCGUACUCGUAUUUGCAAUUGCCAAUUAUCGUGCAAGUACAAGACGUGCAAUUAAGUACAUAUUACAAAGCACCGCUUACGCACGUUGACGGCAUACCGUUUGACUAUAGACUGAACUUUGUACAGAACUUAGAAAUUUGUCACUGUUUGUCCCGUACUACCGACUACCGUUGCAUAGUUGUGAAUAAUCUGGAAAAUUCGGCGUUUCUUGACUAGCCAAUAGAUAUAUGUGUAUUAAUUUAAAAUGCCUUUAGCAAAAAGUAUACUUCAUCCAUCUGCUGUAGAAGAUUUACGUAGCCACAAAUUGAAGCGACUUGUACCUCGCCCUAAUUCAUAUUUUAUGGAUAUCAAGUGUCCAGGUUGCUACAAGAUUAAAACAGUUUUUAGUCAUGUUCAAGAAAACGUGAAAUGCGAUGGUUGUCUAAUAGUACUUUGCAGACCAACUGGAGGCAAAGGAAAAUUGUCUGAUGGAUGUUCAUAUAGAAGAAAACACUAAGGAAAUAUUUGUUUUAAAUUCAAAAUUAAUUUUAAAUUUAUUGAUAUUUUCAUAAAUAAAAUUAUAUUUUAUCUAUAUUA